UUCCGAGCCUUUGGCCUUCGCUGUUCCCUGCUGCGGGCCCAGGUUCACGCGACGCGGCCCUUUGCGAAAGCCAGCCACUAUGUUACAGUACUUUAUGAAAAAUGUUUGGACUCCACUGAAGCCCUACUAUACCAAGGUUUACCAGGAGAUCUGGAUAGGAAUGGGUGUGAUGGGGUACAUUGUUUACAAAAUCAGAAGUGCAGAUAAAAAAAGCAAAGCUUUGAAAGGUUCAGAUUCAGCUGCUUCUGCUCGUGGACAUCAUUAACUGUAUUUACCUUAGGAUUAUGCAUAAUGUGAAACAUCAGGCUGGCUGUAAAUUUGGGCUUUUGACCAUAGAAGAAA